AUGUGGUCAGAUCGAGACAACUCUGCAGCCACAAGCCGCUUCCUAGUUGGCGUUCAAACGAGCCUUAGCCCGCGCUUGAAGGCCCCCAUUGGGAAGGAAGAGUCUAGCGAAGCCGCCGGUGGAUUGGGGUCCGGCGAGUCGUCACUGCACACCGGUCCGGUAUAUACGGACCGGCGAAGUGGACGUCGCUUCCCGCGCAACGCUCGUCGAGGUAGCGAAACAAUCGCAACAGCGGCGACGACCCGAGCAAGAGCGACGCGGACGUUUAUGUCCACAGUAUCGCAGCGAUUCCGUCUUGUCUCGUGCGGCUGCGCUGCCAUCGGUCGCUGGUGGGGUGAAAAGGCUUCUCGAGGCCCCGCGUUCCUGCGUACUGUCUACCUUCUACAGGGUUGCUCGCGACGGCCCUCCGUGAGGGAGGAGCAUCGCAAGGUAAGGAGGGACAACGUAUUGAAGAAAGUCAAAAAGCGAGACCGCAACGUCGACAUUGAAGUCAACAAUGGCAGCGAUAGCAACAACGGCCAUGUAAUGAGCCACGACGUAAACGACCGCAAAUCCACCGCAGAUCCAGCGCGUUGA